GUCUCCGGAAUCACUAGGUUGUGUGUAUUGUAACAUGAUCUUUCCUUGUGUCACAGUUUAGUUUUGCGAGAGGAAGCCGGAGUGGAGGUGUGGUUGAGUUCUGAAGUUUUAAAGACCAGGUGCGUGAGGGGCGCACCUGUGAUCGCACCAUGCCACGAAACAAGAGGCGUAUCGAGCUCGUCACAGAAGAUGAGCGCCAGUUCAGCAAGCAUGCAAGGAGUCAUGUCAGUUCUAGAAGAAUUGCAAGAGACAAUUCAGCAUUUACUCAGAGAAGAUGUGUGCAGUUGUUUAGGGAAUACACUGCGCCUACUGAACCAGACACAUUGGGACCUGAAGGAAUGGAAAAAUUCUGUGCUGACAUUGGUGUGGAGCCAGAAAAUGUAGUAAUGCUGGUAUUAGCAUGGAAGAUGAAUGCAAGGCAAAUGGGAUUUUUUACUCUUAAUGAAUGGCUGAGAGGUUUUGUGGAUCUACAGUGUGAUACAAUUCCAAAAAUUCAGGCAAAGCUUGACUACCUAAAAUCUCUUCUGAAUGACUACAAUACAUUUAAAAGCAUCUAUAGAUAUGCAUAUGAUUUUGCUCGGGACAAGGAGCAACGCAGCAUGGACAUUGAGACUGCAAAGGCCAUGUUGAAGUUGUUGCUGGGAAAACAUUGGUCUCUCUUCAGUCAGUUCAACUCUUUCCUAGAAAGCUCAAAAUACAAAGUUAUUAAUAAAGACCAAUGGUGCAAUAUUUUUGAAUUCUCGCGUACUAUAGUGAAUGAUCUGUCUAAUUACGAUGUUGACGGUGCUUGGCCGGUGAUGCUGGACGAGUUCGUUGAGUGGCUUACUUCUGAGAGACAGGCUCGGCCUUACAGAAGCUGAAAGUAAGCUGUGUAGGAAUUUCCAUUGCUGUUGGAAACUUCUUUGCUUUCACCUUCAUACCCUGCACUGCUGAUUGGUUAUGUUUAAACCAAACACACACACUAAACAAUGUAACAGUUUUGUUAAGCCUCAUGUAAAAGUUACAGAUCAACGUUUACAAUUUACAGUCACGUAUUUGUAAAGUAACAGAGAUAUAUAUUGUUGCUCUAAGGUCCGAUUCAUAAAUACAUGUAAAGUACCUAAAUCAAUACGUUAUUUUUAAAUAUUGCUAAUUACAUGGUGCUCAUCACGUACAAUUGUUUAUUUGGCGUGGAGAAAGAAUUUGAGAUGUUGAAUAUGUGUAGUGAAAAUUAUCGAGUCAGACAAUGUAUGCACACGCUCUGUGACAAGAAAUGGACAAAAUUCUAGUUCACUCUGUUCUGUCUGAUGAUACUGCUUAUUUUUCCCCACUCAUACUGCAGCUAAUUAUGUAAUAUACAAUACAUUUGUGUGAAGAACUCAGUUCCUAACCACUGCUCAGCUCAAAGUCAAGUAAGUUUUGUUAUCAAACAUUCAUGUGAAUAGCGGGAAAAAGUGGUGAAAAAUGACCUUGGUAUCAAUAUAUUUUUAAAACACUUCAUGUCACUACAGCUAGUUUAGCUGUUUAAUAGAGCAUUAACAAAUGAGGUGGAGAAAUAUGGAACAAUGUAAGGAGAAGAUUUGACCAAAGAAGAUAAUAUGAACUAUUUAAGUAUGUAGGAGUAUUUAAAGUGAUUUAUUAAAUUGGUUGAAACUUUGUGUGUCCGAAACUGUAGUAGGAAUUUGUGUGUGUGUGUGUGUGUGUGUGUGUGUGUGUGUGUGUGUGUGUGUUUUUUCUCUGAAAAAAGUACUUUCAGCUAAUUGUGUGCCAACAUGACCAGAGAGAGAGAGAGAGAGAGAGAGAGGAAAAUGAGUCCAAAAUAACUUGUUUUACAAAAUAAUUUCUUAAUUUUCCAUUUUAUAUACCAGUCUAGCAGGAUUUUAUUCUGCUGGACGGGGUAGAACCAUAAUAAAGAUUAGAUUCAAAUGUUGUGUUAAGCAGUAAUGUGUAAUAUUCAGACAUGCUAUAUACUGUACUGAUCCUGCCGUUUUCUGGUAACAGAGACAUGUGAUCAAAAAUUUGUACACAAAUAAUUUUUCAUUUUUAUGUAUUAAGUUUGUUGUGCUGUAUAAAAAGAAUAUUAAGUUUUGAAGUUAUCCUGUUCUUACUGUACCAAGCAGAACUAUUAGAAGCUAAGUACCUUGCAUUCCAAAAAUUUUCUUUUUGUAGAAAACAUAAUCAUUACCUAUUUUACUUACAGACUGAGUGUACAAUACAAAUAAGUCAGUGUGCAUGUAUAUGAUCUACAGUGACUGUAGUGGAAAAAUGAAUUUUGAGAUGAAUGGCCAAUGAAUUUGUAUUUUUAUCCAAUCAGCUUUGUGAUUCCCUCGUAACUUGUAACAUCAUGUUAUUUGAUAACAGUUGUAAGUAUUCUGCAUUGUAAGGCUGAUAUCUUAGUCUGCAAACAGCUGAUCUGUUUUGAUGUAGAGAGGCUGACUCUUCCAGUACAGUGUUCAUAAGUUGGUUUAAAAUUGUGUAGCUGCUCUCUCUCUCUUUUGUAUGUUGUAAAAUAAUUUUUGUUUAUUUAUCAUUAGUUGUUGUCUGUGAUUGUGCAUUAAUCUGUCGACAAUUGUGUAUAAAUGCAUUUGCUCUGAAUAUGACCUGUCAAAUAACAUGCAUACUUAAAUAUGCAAGCAAUGGAGAAAAACAUGCAAAAUUCACUUACAGGAGGAAAAUCAGUUUAUUGUAUGAGGUAACAUGCUUGCAGUCAUAGAUUAUUCAAAUUCUAGACUUAUAUAUUGGCAGCUUUCUUCCAGAAAAAGUAUGUAGAUGAAGAAAAAGAUUGACGUGAGAAACAUCAGUGGAUUCAAACAAUGCCGGAAAGAUGACAGAUGAAUUAAAUUGCAGUGGUUUAUCUAAUUUACAUUUCAUAAAUAUAAGCUCUUCCAGUAUCACUAAGAUAUUCAUGUAACUCAGCUUUAAUGAGAAAUGUAUAUUUUAAUUUGGAUAGUAAGUUUCUUUAAUCGCAUACUAAAUUUGUAAAGAAGAUAUUUAUUGAAGUGGUUUGUCACUACCAUCAUUGAUACAAGACUUGACAUGGAACUGAAAAUAUACUGUUGACAAUGUGGAAAAAGUUUGUCUGAAUUGGAAAUUUAUUCCUAUUUUUCUUAUUGAGCUGUAGUUUAUUUUCCUAAUUAGUGUGACGAAAAACCUUGUAGAAAGAGAGAGAAAAUUGGACUAUUUGAAUGUAAUGGGAAUAAUGUUAUAUGGCUGCUUUUUUAUCAUCAGUCUUGCACUAUUCAUAUAUGCCUCAGCUUUAUUGUAUUGUUGAGACAACAGUGAAAAGAAAAUGUGCUGAUAUUUUUCAGCUGUCAUUUUAGUAUGCAGCUGCUAUGAAUGGACUUAUUCAGUUGCUCUCUACAGUGCAAAGUUUUCUUCUAUCCUCCUCCUCCUCCUCCUCCUCCUCCUCCUCCUCCUCCAAGUCAGGGCAGAGGAUGUGAAUGCGGAGCAAAAAAACAAUAUUAACAGUAAAAUAGUCAGCAGUGAUAAAAAUGGGUGAGAUGUAGUGAAUUUUAUGGAGAAGAAACGUAAUAAGGUGAGAGGACCAUCCAUACAAAGUGAAGAGAUUUUCUUAAUUUAUACUGUUAAGGGCUUGAGAAAAUAGUUGGAUACAGGAAGCAGUGGAGAGCAUAUGAAAUAGUGUCGGAGUGAAAGGUAAUAUAAGUGAAUUUUCUAAAAAGAGUGCAUUUAUGGAAGAAAUUGGAUAAACAGAUAGUGAUGGAAAGGGGUUGGGAUGAUGUUAGGUAGAUAUUUGAGAUUUGCGUUUUGAAUGUGAUGAUGCAAAUGUAGGUGUGCUUCCACAUGUGGACUUAGGAUUCACAUGCAUUGUGUUAGGCUUUGAACACCUUGUUGAAGGGGUUGUGGACAUCACUGAGUAUGAGACUGAUACUUAAUUGUAUAGUUGACAGAACAAUGAUUUUGUUAUUAUUUAGAAGUUUUUUUAAAAAGUUAACAACAGGAAUGUUUGGUUAAUGGCUCUGGUUUGUAAAGUGGUAGCUUCCUUGAAUUUGGAACACUGUUAGCAGAAGUCACAUUUAGCUCUGUAGAAUUCUUGUACAUUCAUUUACAAACCUUUGUUCUAGAAACCAUAAAUUCAUCCUUGUGUGCCAACUAUCUGUAAACUUACAUCUUUUUAGAUUGGUUUGAGAUUUAUGUUCAUACCCUAUAUCCUUUUCACUUUAGUCUCCUAAUUCAAUGAACUUAUCCAGAUAUUUCAUCAGUUAAUCACCUUACUUUUGGAAUAUUUUCACAUUAUGUUCUGGCACAUUAUGCAAGCAUAAGCUGUACAUCACUGUUGAACUGAAGACAGAGGCAUAUUUGAAUCUGUUCCUCGUCAUAUAAUUCAGAAACAAAACGUAUACAGCUUGUUUGUUCCUUAUGCAUUUCCCUUUUUCAGAGGUUCCUCAACUGUGUGUAAUCAUGUCUAUAACUUCUACUCUUUCUUGGCUGUUAUUCGUAAGAUGUGUAAACAGCUGAAAAAUAAUGAAUUCUACUUCCUUUCAUAUAAAAUCCUAUGUGUGUUUUCUAAACACAUUCUAAAACACCCUCCUCUCCUCCCCAUCACUCUGCUCCUGCCCCCAGCCCCCAUUGCUCUGCUCCUGCCCCCAGCCCCCAUUGCUCUGCUCCUGCCCCCAGCCCCCAUUGCUCUGCUCCUGCCCCCGUUGCUCUGCUC